AUGACUAAUUUGUGGGGCGGACUGAAGAAAGGGUUAGAACUUCUGACUGAAAGCAGACCCAAGAGGGACAACGUGGCACUCUUUCUCUUAACAGACGGACUGCCAAACAUUGGACCAGCAAAGGGCAAGUCUAAGACCCUCGAAGACUUCAAAAAGAACAACAAAGGUCUGCCCGGUCGCAUCCACACUUUCGGCUUCGGAUACAGCAUGAACAGUGUCAUGCUCUCGGAAGUUUCCUCAAUCGGAGGCGGACUUUAUUCCUUCAUUCCCGACUGCUCAUUUGUCGCAACUGUCUUCGUGAAUGCUGUUGCAAACCAUAUUACUACUGCGGCUUAUAACUUGACUCCCGAGGUCAACGGAAAAAACGUGGUAAUUGAGAAGGGCGAUCACUUGGCCUAUACGAAAACGUUGGAAAAGAGCUACGACUGGGACAAGCAACGUAAAAAGAGCGAAGAUAUCCAGUACCAAAGAAUGCGCCUCGCACUUGUCAAGGGUAUCCAGGACGUCCUAGACGUCAUGGAUACCGCUCACGUUCACGUUCCAGAGCCACAAUCACGCUCACGUUCCAGAGCCGUCAUGGAUACCGCUCACGUUCCAGAGCCACAAUCACGCUCACAUUUCAUCACGCUCAAUUUCACUGCACGGGAGCUGAAUAACAAGGGCCGCAAAAGACUUCGAACUUUUGAGAAGCGACUGAAGGAGCUCGUGAAUAAGAAGAAACCAAGGUCAACUGACCUUCUGAAAGACUUGACAGGACAGAUAGCUGAGGCCUUUUCCAAAGACGAGUGGUUCUUCAGAUGGGGCGCCCAUUUCUGCCUGUCAAUCACACUGGCUCAUUUGCACCAGAUCUGCAACAACUUCAAGGACCCCGGAGUCCAACACUACAGCAUGCUACAACUGCAGUGA